GAUCCCUCCCUCCCUCCCUCCCGGCAGAGCCGGGGGCUCCGGACGGCGACUUGGCGACUUGGCAGUGGUUCCUUCGGCGCCGCCUCUUCGGCUCACCUGGGAGCCCGGUCCCAGCCCCGCGCCGCAUCCCCCAAACUCCCCCAGACCGCGGCGGCUGGGGACCGGGCAGCCCGAGCCCGAGGCGGUGCGCUCGUCUCUGCGGGGCCGCGUGGAGGAGGCGGCGGCGGCGGCCGGGGCCGGGGGCGGCCGGAGGUGAGCGCCCGGCCGGCCCGCCGGGAACAUGGCGACCGGUGGCUACCGGGCCGGCGGCGGCAGCACCACGGACUUCCUGGAGGAGUGGAAGGCGAAGCGCGAGAAGCUGCGCGCCAAGCAGAACCCCCCGGGCCCCGCCGCCCCGGGCGGGGGCGGGAGCGGGAGCGACGCGGCCGGGAAGCCCCCGGCGGGCGCUCUGGGCACCUCGACGACCGGCGCGGCCGUCGAGCUCAACAACAACCUCCCGGGCGGCGCGGCCGCACCUGCCGCUCCGGGGGGCGUGAACUGCGCGGCGGGCCCCGCGGCGCUGCCCCGGGCGGCGCCCGGCCCCGGGCGGCCGGAGGACGAGCCCCCCGCCGGCGCCGCCGCCGCGGCCUCCGCCUCCGCCUCGGGGGCCCCGCCGGCCCGGGGCGACGAGGAGGAGCGGGACGGCGCCCCCGAGAAGGGCAAGAGCGCGGGCCCCAGUGCCCGGAAAGGCAAGGGGCAGAUCGAGAAGAGGAAGCUGCGGGAGAAGCGGCGCUCCACCGGCGUGGUCAACAUCCCUGCGGCCGAGUGCUUAGAUGAAUAUGAAGACGAUGAAGCAGGGCAGAAAGAGCGAAAACGAGAAGAUGCAGUUACACAGCAGAACACUAUGCAGAAUGAAGCUGUCAGCUUAUUAGAUCCAGGCAGUUCCUAUCUGCUACAAGAGCCAUCUAGAACAGUUUCAGGCAGAUAUAAAAGCACAACCACUGCCUCUGAAGAAGAUAUCUCAAGUAGAUAUCCCCGAACAGAUAGAAGUGGGUUCAGCAGACAUAAUAGGGAUGCAAAUGCUGCAGGUAAUUUGGUCCCAAGUAACACAUUGGAAAAGAAAAUUGAAGAUCUCGAAAAGGAAAUAUUAAGAGAAAGGCAGGAAAACUUAAGACUUGUGAGACUGAUGCAAGAUAAAGAGGAAAUGAUCGGAAAACUCAAAGAAGAAAUUGACUUGUUAAAUAGAGACCUAGAUGAUAUUGAAGAUGAGAAUGAACAACUAAAGCAGGAGAAUAAAACUCUGUUAAAAGUCGUUGGGCAACUGACAAGGUAGAAGAUUCAGCCUCAGUGUGGAAAAAAUAUUUUAAAACUACUGAUUGAAUGUUACAGUUAAUAUGAGGACAAUAUUCCUGUGCUGCAAUACAUUAAGUAUGUAUAUUUAUUUCUGGAAAACAGUGGAUGUUUAUUUUGAAAACAUUUCCUUUUCAUUAUUAGUUUAAAAAAGUAUCUACUUUUUAUUUCACGAAUAAGUAACAUCUUUCGGUCAUUACAAUUACAGGUUAUGCCUCUUUGGUUUUGUGUGGUAUUCAAAUAAUAUAUAGUUUAAAGUCACAACCAUUUGAAUAUAUUUUAUCUAUGGUAGUGCAUUUUCUCCCUAAAGGAAUAUACAUAGUCUUUGUUUACAUGAAUUCAAAUUCUUCUGGGGAGUUACCUGCAAAUGCCUUAUUACUGGGGUGUGCAACCUUUUAUGUGUAGGUGAUUUACUCAUAAAGGUCUUUGUCUGCUGUCUUUGUUCUUUCAACUUAAUCUAAGCAAUUUAGAGUAUAUAGAUAGAGUCGCACUAUUUUGUAUAACAGUCAUCUUUAAAAAGGAAAGCUAUUAUAAAAAGUCACUUAAUAUCACAUACUAACUAGUUGGUUAAAUACAAAAUUUAAGAGAAUACUUGAAUUGUGCUAUAGUAAAUUAAAAUGUAUUUUGUAUUUGAAUAUUGAAAAAAUUUAAGAUCAUGUUAACUUCUGAAGAACAUAAUGUUUGUAAUUUUAAUAUAAAAUUUCUUAUGUAGGUACUACCUUUUUUAGUUUAUAAGUGAACAUGGGGUAUUUAAAAAGUUGUUUAUUCAUCAAGCCUUGAUAGAGUGUACGAUUUUAGUGUAUAAGAAAAAAUUUCAUAUCUUUAAUUAUCAUAUACAUUAAAAUAAAAACCAAGAUAUUUAUCCACACUAAAAGCAUUUAUACAUUACAAAAGAGUACAUAAACAGAACUAGCAUGGAAAUAUUUUUGCUUAAUUUCUAACUUGGAGAAUAACACUGACACAGUUGUUAUCAUAUGUGAGACUUAUUGCCUUACCUCAAAUUUAAAGGAUUUUCUUUCUACUAUUAGAUUUUUUAAAAAUAAUUAUUUUAAAGAAUUAUACAAUUUUUUUCUACUAUCAUUAGUAUUUAGAGUUGUUUUAUAUUACAUUUUCAUGUUGAGUAAGGAAAUCCCCUCCUUUAAAAUAACAUUAAUAUUAAGAAGUGUUAGUAGAGUCUCAAACAUGAGUAUAUGGAUGCCCAUUUAUCUAAUUAAUAUACAUAAGUGGCUUGAACAUAGUAAAAUGUGUUUUAGGUACCCCACUGAUUCUUUUUUCUUCAUUUGCUUAGCCCCUUCAUUACUCACUAUUAGAAAAAUAGGAAGAGUGAGACAGUUGUUAAAAUUGUAGAGUAAAUGAUAAAAUUCAGAUGUUGAAUUCUGAAACUCUUUGCAGUGGCCUAGAUUGCCCCCCUAGCCCAUACCCCUUUCCACUUCAGAAGUUUCAACCUUGGCUGAUCAUCAGAAUCACUUGGGUUGCUUAAAAAAUAAUUUCCUGGCUGCAGUUUCUAGAUAGGUUUAGAUUGAGACCCUUUUAAAGCUCAUCCACUGUCUGAUGAUUCUGAUCAUAACGUAAAUUUGGAAACAGCUGCUGUUGCCUCUUUCCUUCUAUACCUUCCACUGGGGACUCUGGAGUUAAUAUAAUUUUAGCUACCAGCGUUGUUUCCCCUUUUAGUUUAUUUAAUAACCUGGUCUCUGGGGAAGUUUUCAUAUGUCCAUAUAUAUUAACCAACAAUUUCAAUGUUAAAUUACCAAACUUUUAUACAGUGCAGAAUUACUGCCCUAAAGGGCAUCCUUUUCAGAGAAUAUUGCCCAGCGUGGGACAGUGAUCCACUAUCCACAUGUCAGGUGGUCUGCCAGGCUCAGUUACUGCCUUUGGCUUGAGGUACUCAUCUCCUUUACCUACCCUUAGGUAUGUGGCAGAAAUAGCGGUAUUACCUAACUUCCCAUGCACAUUUUGGACAUUGUGAAAAUGCUGUCAGUAUUUAGCCUUAAAAUAUGUUAAGUGUACUGGUUUUUCAGUAAAAGAAGUAUUUCUAAUUUAUUUAAUUCAUAUGUAAGUAAAGGAAUAUUCCAUUUCCCUUUUUAAAAUUAUACCACUAAUUAAUACUUCUGAAGACUGAGCAGUUUUAAUUUUUUUUUCCUUUUCUCAGUUUAUUGGGAACAUUUCUGACUAUGAUCUUUUACAUAAUGGUACCUAGUACAAAUGCAUCACCUGAGUUCUUAGGCAAGGCUUUUUUCACAUGCAGUUCUUCCUUAAUAUAUAUAUUUACUUCACAUAUAGAUUUUUACACUGAAUAUUAAAAAAUAAAGUAGGGUCUGCUACAAUAUCGCUUUAAAACUUAUAAAAAUAUUGAGAUUUUGAAAAAGUAGCUUAAAUACAUGUGCACCACCUUAGAAAAAACUUGGCUGUUGUCAGUAAAGUGCUAGUAUUUGUGAAAUUAUUAGUCCCAUUCAGAAGAACUAUUUCUUAUAUUUCAUGGGAAUUUGUGGCAUAAUAAAGCAUAUCCAAAGUUAUAAA